AAGAUUUCAUUAGCAGUGAGACAUAGAUUUUUUUGUUUAGUUCUUCAGCUUAUUAGACAGGAUCUGAAAGCUCAACUAUUUCUUAUAUUUUGUUGUAUUAAAGGUCUUACUAGUUGAAGACAAUCACUGUUUAAUUGACUUCUAUUCAAUUGAGGAUAAAUAAAAGCGGUGCAAACUGUAUAUUAGGGCAGUGCUUAACAUGAUCUGUGAAUACACAAAAAACUAUAUAUUUUAUUUAUUGAAUAACAGUGGAAACAUAAUUCAUAAAAGUCUAUCGCGACCCCAUUGCGUUGUGCGGCGAAUACAUAACUGUUCUAUGAGAACAGAGAAGAUUGGGAAGUUCAUGUGUCAAGAGAUUAAGAGAGUUGCAUUUACAACAUCCAUCAGAAUGAAAUCAACUGUAAGAGUUGCCUGGCAAGGAGCCUAACGGAUUUAAAACUAUAAGAACUCGCGAAGAGUUCAUCAAAUUCUACUCAAAAUGGUUUCCCAAAAGAUCAACGUCUGCCCUCGAGGAGGAGACGAUAACGGAAUUAGAUACGAUCCAAACAUUCAAGCACAAUUUACUCCAAACAACCCGAGACAUGGUUUUUUCACAAACGAGUCUCAAGACUCACAAUCUUUUGAAAGUGGUAGAUCUAGAUCGAUUAAACGGGUCUUACGGAGUUGUGACCGACCUAAGAAUGGAGUCAACACCCUCAUCGCCCGUGCCAUCGACGAGCAGUUACGAGGAAUUUCUGAAACCAGAGUCCAUGUACCAAAGUACAAUGAAUCUCGAUUCGGACGCAGAAUUCUUUCAAGAUCUGAUAAAAUGGUGCGAUGCACCCGUGCAGGAGGCACCAGUACAGUCCAUUGAUCCAAAUAAAACAACUGAAACAGGGGCACACACAACCGACACACAGCACACACCAUUCUCACCGCAAGGUUGGGAUAUAUUCGACGCUAACUCCUCCGCUGCUUCGGCGGUGCAAUGCACCACUACUCCACCGAGCUACCCAGAGUCUCCUAGCACUGACGUAGCUACAUACAACUCGGAUAUUUUUGGUCCGCAAAAUUUUGUUACCGAGAACAAGAUAUUAUACCAAGAGCAGUUCCUAGACAUAGGCAAUUUGCCCGUGGUAAUAGGUGACUUAGCGUCAGAAAACAUGGCGGACGUUAAUCUGUGGUCGGCCACAGAGAGCGUCUGGCAAAAUACACACGGUUACACAAAACCACAUACAACACACACAUUGCCCUUCAUCGAUCAAGAUGACUCCCUGGAUAUGAAGAUGGUUUCCGUAAUACCGCGGGAAGUGGAGAGCAACGAAGGAGUUAUAUCGGAGUACAUAAUCAACGAUAGCGACGAUAUGCCUGUCCAACCCUCGCGGAGAUGGGAGGCACAAGGCGGCGGGCUGGCGAUCGACGUGACGCAGGCACAUGUCUGGUCCGGUGACGUCAUCAGCACACCUGAUGUUCUAACGUUUGUUGAGCAAUUGGAGAAGGAAAAAUCGCUUCCAAACUUGACACAGAUUUCGACGCCACUCCCUAAAAUUGAGAAACCCAGAACACCAGUCACACCGCCAGUCGAUUAUGAACCAAUCACACCAAAGAGUGAACCUCCUGUAGAUUCUGAAGAAGACAAGUCUCAUUCGAGCAAGAGGUCGCGCCAUGACAGCGAGGAAUCUGACGAGACGUACAGUCCGUAUGCAGAGCAGUCUCCCCGCAAGUACAAGAGGAGGAAGCCCACCAUACCCAUCAAGGAUAUGAUACGCGCGCUGGAAGGGUCACAGCAGCUGCCGAAGGCGCGCAGAGGGCGACCGCCCAAGCGGAGAGACAGCGUGCUCUCUAACAUCAGCGAGAACUCUUCCUCUGUGUUCUCGCACGAGAUGAAGUACAGAGAGCUGAGAGACAAGAACAACGAGGCUUCAAAACGAUCCAGAAUGAACAGGAAACUCAAGGAGCUGCAAAUGGAACAACUAGCCUCCGAGUUAGAGGAACGAAAUAAGAAAUUGAGAGUUCGCGCUGAUCUUUUGGAAGAUAUGACAAAGAAGUUAAGAGAAGCAUUUAUGGCAGCAGUCUCACAAAAGAAGGCGGGUUAACACAUUUGUAGAACUCUAGCCGGCUUUGGAAAUGAUAAUCUCAAUUUUUUAUCCAUGUGUGCAUGUUUUGUUUUUAUAGUGAGCUAUUGAUUUUUAUGCAUUGUAUAUAAAAACGGCCAUCAAUGGAUAUAAAUGUUAAAGUGACAUGACUUAACAUGAUUUUAUGACCGGAUACGGAAUAUCCGGACUUGACGUUAGAAUAUAUUAAGAUAAUAUUAUUAAGUUUUGUUGUUAAUGUAAUAAUUAUUAGCACAUUCUAUAUAUCUUUUCGUGAAAUGUGUUAAAUUCUAGCCUACUGUAAUAUUAAAAUAAAAUCAUACAAUUGAUUAAUAUACGAUUGGUUAGUUCUUUGAAAUAGUGCAUGUUAAUUGAUUCUGGUAGUCUAAUGAAUUAAAAGGUUUCAACUUGUUGGAAA